AACGCUAUCUACCGUUAAAUAAUUUACAUCAGUCAGUGAUAACUAACUUAGAGAACUCCCUCCUACUAGAUUUUUGAUUGACUUUUGAAUGACUGCUCUGUCCAGGUUGUGUCUCGUAGGUUUGUAGGCUAAUAUUGGCUUCCCAGGGGUAUUAAAGGCAAGGUCCAUACGUUUAAUCAAGUUCAGAAAAUCGCAUCACAUUAACUGUCCGCUCAGAAGGCUACAGUGUUGCAAAAGAGGCUUAAUCCGAACAACAGAUAAUUGUAACCAAUCGACAGGGGCACACAAGAGAGGAGAGUAAAUGGAUUGGCUGUUGAGUAAUACAAUACCCAUUGGGGCUAACCUUCUAAUAUUGGCAUCUAAUAGGUUUCAUUACACCUGGAUUACACUACUUUAGACGGCUUAGCCUAACGUUUCCUUUUGAUAUUUGAUAUGGUUUUAAAAACACUUAAUAUGUUGAGUAGCCUACUGUAGAUAUGAAUGGGGUAGGCCUCUGUAAUGUUAUAAGGCAGCGCAGUAUGAAAUAUGUUUAAUUAAGAAAACUGACUGAUGGGUCAUUUCUAAUGCAGAUCAGUACACCAGCUGCAGGGAGCUAAUCUACUUCAUGAAGCUGGAAUCCCUCCACAGUGUGCUGAGUGCUGUGCCUCGUGGGCUGACACUGGGUCCCUCUUUGGCAAAAGAUGGCGAGUUUGGUCUGUGGUGUGUUGGUCAGCCACUGCAGAAAGGCACGAUCCUAUGCCUUGAGGAACAAGCUGAGGUGGAGGAACUCACCAAGAAACUGGGAGAAAACACUUGCUUAACUGUUUCUAAGGAGCAGCUGUCAGACCGCCUGUAUUGGUUGAGGUUUGCUUGCAAUGCAAAACACAAGGAGGAGCAGAAUGUGAAGGUUCAUGAAGUCAGUGGAAAGCUGUGCCUACAGGCCUGUGAGAAUAUAAAUCCAGGGACAGAACUGCUGUUUUGGUUGAAGGACGGUGACAUUUCUUUAGAUAAGGAAAGGCCUGCUGCUGUGCCCUGCCAGGAAGACAUCUAUCCCAAAUUAGGAGAUGACAAGCCCUCGGAGAAUGUUAUCGAAGAGCAGGAACUGUUAUCUCCAGACCAUGAAGUUCUCACAGAACAUCUUGCAAACAUCGGGGUCAAGCCAAUCUUGGAGCAAGUCCCACCAUCACCAAAGAAUGAAGAAAAAGAUUCUGCAAAGCUUGCGGUCCAGAAGAGAAAACCUUUCUCCAGAAUGAAAAAGACAUCAAUACUAGCCAAUCAGACCUGUCAAUCAAAAAAAGUUGUAGAAGAUGGUUGUGAGAAUGACGAUACAGAUAGGAUCAAUACGCAAAUUGCUAAAAUACCCUCCUUAUCUGAUAUUACUAUGGUUGGAAAGAAUGAAACUACAGUGGCUGAAAAUUGUGUUACGAAAGAUAUUGAGGCAGUCUCUGGGCCUACACGAGCCAGCUCCCGUCUUGCUGCUAAACCCAGAAAGGUCCACACACUUGCUAGUAGCAUUCACAAGCGUCUACAUGAGCGUAAAGUCAGGACCCUGCAGCAGCAAGCAAAGGAGAAGCAACCAUCUGUAAAUUCUGCUGCUGGUGGACAUGCUGUCCAAGAGCCAGGUUUGGAAGACAAAGACACCGGCCAUACAAUCAAAACCGAUGAUGGGAUCGAUAAAGCUACAUUGAAACUGGCUAAGGAUUCUUUGGCGUUGAAACCCAAUCUCUUGCAACUUAACAUGCGAGAAAGAAGGUACAAAUGUGAUCAGUGUGACAAGAGUUUCUUUCAGUUGUGUCACCUGAAAAAACACAAGUUCACUCAUUCUGACUUGAAACCCUACCUUUGCACGGAAUGCGGAAAGAACUACAGUUCCCAAGAGAGCUUCCGUGCUCAUGUGCUGAUGCACCGGGGAGAGAGACCAUAUCAAUGCCAACAGUGCGACAAGAGGUACGGCUUAAAGCGGGACCUGAAGGAGCACGAGGUGCUACAUACGGGCGAGAAGCCCUUCGUCUGUGACGUGUGUGGCAAGGCCUUCGCCCGCCGGCCCUCGCUCCGCAUCCACAGAGAGGCCCACAGGGCAAAGGAGGCCAACUACCACCCUCCCAAGAUCAAGUGUGCCGAGUGUGGCAAAGAGCUGGCCAACUCGGGCUCCCUGCGGAACCACAUGCGGCUGCACACGGGGGAGCGGCCGUACCCCUGCCCGCACUGUGGCAAGACCUUCCGCCAGCGGGGCAACCUGCUGGGGCACCUGCGCAUCCACACGGGAGAGAAGCCCUACAAGUGUGAUUACUGUGAGCAGCACUUCUCCCAGGUGCCUGAACUUCGCCGGCACCUCAUCUCUCACACCGGUGAGGUGUACCUCUGCACGGUGUGUGGAAAGGCUCUGCGCGACCCUCACACACUGAGGGCCCAUGAGCGCCUGCACACGGGGGAAAGGCCUCACAAGUGUAGUGUGUGUGGAAAGGCCUACACCAUGGCCACCAAGCUGAGGCGGCACAUGAAGUCCCAUUUGGAGGAUAAGCCGUAUAAAUGUCCGAAGUGUGGUGCGGGGUACACGCUUAUGCAGAGCCUCAUUCGGCAUCAGCUUUCCCACAAGAAGAAACUGGACCAAGUCCUGGACACUCAGGAGUCAAAUCAUCCAGCCCCAGUAAGAGGGCGACCCCGAAAGACAGUACAGAGAUGUCUAACGAACACGUGGUCAAUUGACACUGAGAAGAAUACAGAAAACCAAGCCAUGAUGUAUGUUCAAACUGUGGAGGAGCUGGUAGUUGUUCCUCACACAGAUGAAGUGAUUGUUAGCUCUGGGCCAUUCCAUGAGGGGAUGGUUCUAAUGGACAGUAGAGCAGAGCAAGCGGUCAGCCGAAUCCAGUUAAAUGAGGACAUUAUUGAGAUUAUUGUCUCAGAUUCACCAUCUAAGUGUAUAAUGCUACAAGAACAGGAUUUACAAAGUAAUAUGGUUAUUUUGCAAGGUGAGGAUGGGCUUAAUUCUGUGGCUGAAACCAUAGAGAUAGAAUCUGGAAUAUAAUACUGAAUUAUGUGUGGGUGUAAUGUGUGUCCAUUCUUCAUAGCAUACAGCAUAAUCAGUUUUGUCGUACAGAUGUUGCUAAAAUGAUUAAAGGUUGUUUUAUGAUAACAAGCCCUUCCUGUUAUUCUGUGAUUGGAGUGUUGAAAGUGACUUCAAAUAUUGACAUUGGUGAGCUGGACCUUGUAUCAUCAGUAUUUGUAUGAAACGUUUCCAAUAAAGCAGUGAUAGGACAGGGAGAUUAUUGGACUAUAAUAAAAGCUUAUUAUAGCUAGACACAUUGAAAUUAUUCCGUCAUAUAUGUUAGGUUGAGUCAUGUGUUUUGUUUAUUCAUAAUUGACUAAACAUAUUACAAAUCACUGUGGCUAUUUCAGGGGCAGAAUUUGAUGAUAGAUUUCUUUAAUCACUUCACUUGUUUCAACUCAGAGAUCAUUGUUGAAAUUCUAUGCCUCAGUUCGCAGUUAUGUGUGUAUUUUACUCCCCUUUUGAGUUUACAUAUAACACUGCAAUGAAUCAUGUUCAGCUCACAAACUUAACACAGCAAUGAAUACUAUUACUCAAUAUUUGGCAACAAAUAUUUAGAUGUCCAGGACAAGUCAAUGAACAACGGAAUCAGAUAACACUUUCAGUACACUGAGUGGACUGAUAGAGGAUUUUUCUUUCUGUGAAUGAGUUAGAAAUAUGUUUAAUAAAUCAAAAUCAUCUAACAUAAAUCUAUCUUUAUAAAUAGAGCAUAGUGAGAAAAUGAUACAUCAGGGAGCCAUUUAGAGAGACAUGUCCUGUUUAUAAUUUUCAUG